CCCUUCCGCAGCAGGGAGGGGGUCCCAAGCAAGCCUCUUGGGGCGUCCCCGAAGCCAGGGGCCCCGUGGAAUCUCGGGGAGGAGCCGAGGUGGGGAGCCAGCGGGUGUGCGCGUCCGGCCGCCGCCUCCCGCGGGCCGCCGAGAGGUGCAGAGCCCGCUCCGACUGGGCAGCGCCAGGCUCUGUGCAGCGGUUCUCCCCCUGCUGCGUCCCUCCCCGGCCCGGCCCAGGAGCGCGCCACGAGUGCGGUUCAAAGAAAGAAUCUCGAUGCUCGGAGAUGAACACCAGUGUCUUUUUCAACCCAGCGGACGCGUCCUCCCCGCGCGCCGGGGCAGGGGAGAAGGCGCUCCAGCCGUUGGUGGAGAGACGGGAGACCCGGAGAGGCCGCUCGCCAGGCUCGCCCCGGCCGGCCCCCAGCGCAGUUACCCGUCCCGGGCGGGAGCUGCCUCCGCCGCCUGCUGCUCCUCGGCCGCCGCCGCCUCCGCUCGCAGCGCCGCCCGUUCCCGCCUCCUUCUUGGCGCCCGCCGGCCCCGCACGCCGCUGCCCCGGGCGCAGGAGGGCGUGUGGACCGCCGCGAAGAGAGCCGGGCAAGUCCACGAGCGCCGCGGGCCCGCUGGGAGCCGAGCGUCCGCGGGGUCGGCGCUGGGGGCGCCCAGGCCGGCCCGGCGCGACUGUCCCCGCGCCCGCCGCCGCAGUUGCCUCCGCGCGUAUCCGCGCUCGGCUCAGGCACCGGGCGAUUAUACUGGGGCGCGCGGUGACGUCACCCGGACACCGGCUCCGCCGCCGCCUCCCCGAGGUGUCCUUGAGAACUGCGGGGCACGCGCGCCGCGCACACGCGCACACACGCACUGCGCGCCCGGUGCCUCCCGCGCACACUCCCCGCGUCCCGCCCCGCGCGCUCCUCCGCUCACACGGACGCCGCCCUCGAGCGCCCUCGACCGUGCCCGGCACCCUGCGGCCACACGUCUGCCCACGGAAACGCCUCCCCCCCGCCCGCACUCCAACGCUCCUCCCACAGCCCACCAGCCGCAGCGCCUCUGGGCGCGCACCGACACCCGCGAGAGCCAGGCCUUCCCGGCCCACACCCUGGCCCACACCCUGGCCGCACCGAAGACACACCUCUGCCCUCAGGCUUUCGCUGCAGGGCCAAGGAUCCAGGCUUUCCUAAGCGACACCACCUCAGGCCUCCCCCAUGGGCCUUUGUUCCCGAGCAGACGGAGAGGGAGCCGCAGGCCCAGGCCGGGCCAGCAGGCCUCUGCCCCCCUCCCCUUCCCUCAGGCCAACCAGGCCCCUGUGCCAUCUGCCCUCAGAGCGGAGCCCACCGACCCUCCCACCUUGGGUGCACUGCCCUGCUUCCUUCCUUUCGGGCCCUCUCCAGCACUAAGGGAGCUACGGAGAGCCCACGGGGAAGGGGGUUGGGACCCCCAGCCCCCACCCCCUCCUCAGCCCACUGGAGCUCCCCUCACCCUUCGGUGCCGCUUCAGCCUCACCCUUGGAGCCGCGGUUCCUCGUCCUCUGCGGUGUCAAGAUGGCCCCGCUCUCUCGCCUGAGACAUGCAACGUCCCCCCCUCCCCCCCAACAUACCUACCCCCUGCCCGACGUUCAGGAAGGCACCCAAAGCCCGUGGGGCUGGCAGCCAUCGCGGGACACAAGCUGGACACUCUCUCUGGCGGGGUGGAGGGCAGGGGACACUGGGCAGCUGGCACUCAGCUCUGUCAGAGACUGUUGCUCUCGGCCUCUGUCAGCCUCUGUCCACCAGGUGGAGGAUACCCCUCCUCACCCCAACGUGGGGAGACUUGCAGCUGCAGGGGGUCCGCUGUCCAUGGUGUUGAAACCCGACUCUGAACCCCAGUUCGCUCUCCCGCCUUGCCUCUGGACUUUCCACCCCGUCCUCUCCCACGAAGGGUCCGGGUCCAGUCGGGGUGCGAUGGCAGACGCCUACCCACCACCCUUGGCUUCCUGGAAAGGCCCAGGCCGGCUCUGGUUUCCAGCUCCCUGAAGCUUGUUUGCAUUCUAAGGUGGGGGGGAAGGGGGCUCAGGUUUACAGACCCCAGAUCUUUCUUCAGAUCUCUCUCCUACCGGGCUGGCUCCACCUGGGCCGGGAAGGGUAAGCACCCCUAGCAGACUCACUCCCUUCCCUGGUGGAGCCCUGCCUCCCUCACCAUCAGCAGAUCUCUCCGCAGGCAGGGCAGAUGUGGGGGUGUCGCGCUCCUUCCCUUGGAUCAGACAAGCUUUGCGCAGCCUGAAGGCAUUUUAUUUCCUCUUGCCAUUUUGACAUUUCGAGUCCUGAGCACCGAGGCUGUGCGUUUCCCUUCCCAGUAACCAGCGGCCCAUCACCCUGGCCUUCCGGGAGGAAGGAUGGCCCUGUGUGUGGGGGUGGAGCUGACCCGUGGGUGUAGGCUGGGAAAGGGAGAUGGUCCCCAGCCUCCACCCAUCCGGUAGGGACCUUCCUGAUGGGCCUGGAGCCUCCCAAGGUUUCAUAAGAGUCAACUUACUGCUGCCAGGCCCCGGCGCGGGCCCAGCCUCCGCAUGCGGCGGCCUCGCUGCUCCCCGCACCUGCUCUCUGCCGAUGCCCACGCCGCAGUCUCUCUCCGGCACACGAGAUUUUGUGUUUGUGGAUUUAUUUGCGAGCUCCCACCUCGGAGUGAAGGGUGCGGGGCGGUGCAGCCGGGUGGCUCAGGGCUCCGGGUUCCAGGCAGCCUCCUCCAUGCGCACAAAGGCCCCUCUCACCAUGGGCCGGCCGGCAACUUGGAGACAGGUCAGGUGUCUUCUUGGGGGCGGGACGUGGGCCGAGACCCCCUCCCCCUUCUCUCCCUGCAGCCUUCCGCGAAAGCCUGCGAAUGGCGAAUGGCGUGGGAUUAAACAAACCCACAGAAACCGGUGACGAACCCCCGCCCUCGCGGCUCCUGCUGUCUCGUCACCCGCCCCCGCCCCCCUGGGCGCAAGGCUUGUCACUCCUCCAGAAAGGGGUGGGGCUGUGGCCACAUCUGGGAACAGCUGGCUCCUGGCUGCUUGACCUUUGCCCCCAUUCCCAGGUUGGGGAGGAGGGGGACAGGGGUCUGGCCACCCACAGCGGUAGGGAGAGGCAGGAGGCCAGUGGCGCUGGCAGUGUAGAUGAAGCCUGGGGAGGGGAGGCUGAGGCUUUCAGCCUUAGGGAGGAGGGGACAGUUUGCAAGGGACUACAAGCCCCAUCCCUGCUCUGGGUCCCCUGUAGCCACAAAAUGGUCCACAGCUUCCAGUGCUGGCUUGGGAGGCCCCCACCCACAGACCUGCCCUUGCAGCGAGGCCCGGAUCCCCUCCGCCAGGCACCAGGAACCCCACACGUUUCCUCUGAGGGGAGCACCCCGGUCCUGUCCCUCCCCAGCCCUCCCACACCGGGACCAAGGCUCCCAGAGGCAGAGCAGGUGUCCUGAGGGAGGCGGAGGGA